GAGGCCGCAACUAUUUGCAUGUGAUACUGAAAUUUUCAAAUGACAUUUUCAUAUCAUUGUACAUGUCCCUAUAUUCACAAGCAUAAUAUACUUUGUUGAAAAAUAACAAGCCAUCGACAAUGAAAAAUUAUUCAAUAUACAUAUGUAUAGUAUAACUAGUAUCUAUAUCUAAUCUAAUUCUUGAAUCACAUCCAACUCCAAAUUCAUACGUUCUACAAAAAUAUUUGCAGUUGUAUUAAUUGUAGUUGUAGGUUCAAAAGGAUUGCAUGGUACUUUUAACUUGUCUCCAUCUCCUUGAAGCAUUUGUACAACAGUUUUCAUUGGCGGGCGAUGCAAAGGGUGCCAUUGGAUACACCAAAGUCCCACUGUUGCCAUUUUUUUUGCAAUUCUAAAAUCUCCCUCUUCAUCAAUAGGGAUUUGUAUAUCUUCUCCUUUCAGCAAAUUAUGGAUCCAAUCUGGAUACACAACUUGAAUAUUUUCUUCACCACUAGUUGUUUUUGUAUUCUUUCUUCCCCCAACCAUUUCUAACAGCAACAUACCAUAACUGUAUAGGGAACUUCUAUGGUGCCGCCUUCAAAUUGAAGGUUCCAAAACCGUCCAUGCAAUUGGCCAAUAGGAGCAAAGCCCUAACUUUCCCAAAUUUGCCCUAGCCACGUCAUCAUUAUAUGGUGUAGGAGUAUAUGGUACAUCAGCAUUUACUUUUCUUUCAAACCCCUAACUUUUUACUUAUUACAUUAUAUGCUUCUUUUAUUUUAUUAAAUGUAUUUAGUUUUAAUUCAUCAUAUAAUUAAUUUCCAACUCUUAAAAAAAAUUUAACUCCAAAUUCCUUCAUUAUACUUGUUCUUCAUUAGUUCAUCACUCAGAAACUGGUCCUCUCUUCUCUCUGCUCGAACAAAAAACCAAGCCACGGCCAAACACUCAUCACCCACCACCGCCGGGUCCGGUUACUGUGCAUAAGCCAAAGCUUAUGCACCGUCCAUAAGCUACAGUAAACUGCUGAAUACACCCCUAUGUCCUUGAUUCAUACACCCCCACUUCGUACCAAUAGACAAAAUCUUUCCGACAAAAUAUCUCCACUCCAACUCCGCCGUCUGCAUUCGUACCAAUUCUAAGUUUCUACUGCAAGCCUCACAGAAUGAGAAUAAGAGCUUUUGAUUUUGAAAGCGGUGAGAGUAACUCAACAGGAUCAUCGAAGCUUUGGAAGUUACGUGAUCCAAAAUUAAGAAGUAACAGUGACGAAAAAGGUUCGUGUUUUUGAAUCUAACUCUCGAUACUCACUCAUCAUCACCGUCGCCAACAACAACGUCGCCGGAAUCAUCCUCAAAAUGGUAAAACCAAAAGAGCAAGUUCAAGUAAGAAAGGAGCAAUUAUUGCUGGUGUUGUUGGAGGUGUAGUCCUUGUUCUGAUCCUCCUUGCACUAUUUCUUUGGCUUAAGCUCACGAAGAAACCGAAGCGACAUCCUAGAGGUGACAUAUUGGGAGCAACUGAGUUAAGAGGUCCAGUUACUUACCGGUAUAAUGAUUUGAAGUCUGCAACGAAAAUUUUUAGUGAUGAAAAUAAAUUAGGAGAAGGAGGUUUUUGAGAUGUAUACAAGGGCACUUUAAAAAAUGGUAACGUAGUAGCUGUCAAGAAAUUGAUUUUAGGCCAUUCCAGCAAAAUGGAUGAACAAUUUGAAAGUGAAGUGAAGCUUAUAAGUAAUGUUCAAAUUAAAUCCAUUUAAUUUUGGUAACAGGUGAAAAGAAGGGUUCCUUGAACUGGAUGCAAAGGUAUGAUAUAAUUUUAGGCACGACAAGAGGUUUGGCCUAUCUGCACGAGGAUUUCCAUGUUUGUAUUAUACAUAGGGAUAUAAAGACUGGCAACAUUCUCUUAGACGAUGAUCUUCAGCCUAAAAUUGCUGAUUUUGGGUUGGCAAGGCUUUUACCAGAAGAUCAAUCUCAUCUUAGCACAAGAUUUGCAGGAACAUUGGGAUAUACACUGCACCAGAAUAUGCAAUACAUGAUUGUUGGAGAUAAUAUGCAAGGUGCUGUGUUUGGAGAGCUGCUAGAUUGCCUCUUGAAACCUACAAACAUCAAAGAGAAAACAUCAAGCUUGAUGCUACUUGCAUCUCUUGGAAGCGAAUGUGAGGAAACUAUGUUAAAACAAUUGAUGUUGUUGGAGUUUGGCAAGAGAACAAUGUUGUUGAAACUGAAAAGGCCAUUGAAGCUCUUAAAAGAGUUGCAUAGUAAAUUUAGAAAAGUUCUUAGAAUUGAUGUUAUUCUUGUUGUAUAAAUUGUUGUAGACCUUUGGAUGUAUUUAUAUAUUUUAAGUUAUUUUAUGUGUCAUCUUGGGUAGAAAUUGUAAUAUCACCACAUACAUAUUGUAAAGAAUUUAGACCUA